AUGACCAGUUUUGCAAACUCCACAGAUCUCUCCUCCGCGCUCGACUCCGCAAACACCCCCCACCAAGAGGUGCCCCCACCACCCCAGCAACUCGACCACAGCCCUUUCGCUCACCAGUUGAACGCGCCGAACCCGCCAUUCUCACCCUCGAACACCUCGAACCCUUCUCACUCCUCGCAGCGACCUGUCCAAGAUUUUCGUCAACCCAGCGCUAACGGCAAGAUGUCUGGAGCGAACGGUAACGGCCCUGUGCCCGUUCCCAGUGGGCAACACGGGCGUGCUGGCAACGGACCCAGCCACGGUGCACAAAUGCGCGAAAUGGGAUUUGGAGGGCCCCGGAGUCCGCCCAACAACAAAAGCACUUCCCACGUCCCAUGCAAGUUCUAUCGACAGGGCCAGUGUCAGGCUGGUAAGGCAUGCCCCUUCCUCCAUUCAGACGAACCUCUGACGGAGAGGGCACCGUGCAAAUACUUCACCAAGGGAAAUUGCAAGUUCGGUCCGAAAUGCGCAUUAGCACAUAUCCUUCCCAACGGACAAGUUGUCAAUAGGAAUAAUGUGAUGGGAUCAGGACCUUUUGGUCGAAUGAACAUUCCACAUCAUCCUGAGCCUGCCCCCGGAGGCUCUUUGCUAUCUAUGCAGGCGCACAUGCAACCGCAGUUCCCCUACCAGAACGACUUCUUCCCGCAGAAGGCCGCGUACGAUCAGAUACCGACUAUCGAUACCACAUUCUCCUCGCACCCGGGUUCGAAUUUCGGUUCUCCCCCGAAUGAGAGCGGCCGUCUGCCGACAUCUCCCACUCAGAAGGGUCUUUCUGUGAUGGACGUGCCUCUUCCUGCGUCGUUUGAUAGUCAGGGGAUCUCCCACAUGGCACGAUAUGGCCCUAUUGCUGCGUCUGUCCCUUCGAAGUUCUUGGCCAAUUCGCCUCCUUCUUCAUACCAGAAUGAUUCGUCAGCAUUGAGGAAUCUGCAUAAUUCGGCCUUUGGCGAUGGAAAGCCCCCUGCGUUGGGAUCGUCCCCGCCAGAUUCUGUUGAGCAACCGACAGGGAGGCGCAUCAUGCAUUCCGAGAUUGGCGCUUCGAGGCGGGGUAUGAUAUCUGCGAGCGUGGGUGCCCGCGCCCCAAUCGAUGACUGGCCGGACACCGAGAUGAUUGGAAAGUUCGAGGAAGACCUCCUACCGAAUUCGCUUAGUGAUCUUUUGACACCCCAGGAAAAGAUGCGCCGAUUCUCUAGGGACCAUGGUGAUAACGAUGGUAAUUCGCUCUCGCAUAGGGCUUCACUCUCCAGACUUGGGGCAUCUCCCACAGCGUCGGACUCUAAAAUUGGCUCUCCUUCCGCGGCGACCGCAUCUCCUUCGAGAUACCAGUCCUUGUGGGGAAGGCGACCACCUACCGAAGGGUCGUUUGAGUCCGGAUCUCUGCCUGGAGCGUCCGCGUUUGGCCAUGUUGGCUCUCCUCUGCGUAACUCAACGCUUCACCCUGGUGCUAGCCCUUCGCUGCGUGCCGUAGGUCGUCCUACUACUGGAGACGUCAGUCCCUUCGUGUCUUCGCCGCCACGACAGGCGUCCAUGAGCAUGAUAAGCCAACAACUCCAGCGCACUCGCUUAUCCUCGCGGGCAUCUGAUGAAGGCUCAUUGAGCGGGCUUGGCAGCAACCACAUCCAUCCUGGUAUCAACCGAGUCACCUCCAACACCAGUGUUGGCAGUGCUGGAACUCGUCUUGGUAUGGACCGGGCGGUAAGCAGCAGCAGCAUCAACCGCGAACGUAUCGAGGAAGAGCAAGGCCUAUUCAGCAUGGAAGAGGAGGAGGAAUUGGAGCGAGGAAAGGGCAAGGAUGGUGCCGCAAAACGACUCAGCGGUCCGUGGGGAAGCGGCGGCAAGGCAAGCCCUAAUAUCACACCUAUCGGCGGACACCGUAUUGGCAAUCUUGCAGGUUUAGGCAAAGAUUCUGGACCCUGGGGUAACAAUGCUUGA